AUGGACUCUGUCUUCACUGAAAUCCGUCUGCACGAUCAACAACAGCAAUCUAUUAACCAAUCCACUCAAAAUCAAGCUCUUCUUCCUCUCGUAUUAGUUCCAACAACUUCUUCUCAAAUUACCCUCAAUGAAACAUUACAAUAUAUCCAUCAGUAUCAAGAAUCAAUCUUAGAGAAACUUCUAAAAUCCGGAGCAAUACUCUUUCGUCAUUUUCCAAUAGAGACAGCUGAAGAUUUCAAUCAAUUUGCACUCAGUUUCAAAUGGACAGAACUACCCUAUAUCGGUGGUGCAGCUGUCCGGACUAAAGUUACUGGCUGUGUCUACACAUCGAAUGAUUCCCCACCAUCUCAGCCAAUUCCAUUUCAUCAUGAAGGUGGACGUGUUCCACGUUAUCCAAAUUAUCUCUUUUUCUUCUGUGAAACUCCUCCGGCUGAAGGUGGUGAAACUCCACUUUGUUAUUCGCCGCUCAUCUAUGAGAAAAUGAAGGAAAAAUGUCCACAAUUUGUUGAGCGAUUAGAACAACACGGCGUAAGAUAUUCAAGAGUCCUGCCAAAUGGUGAUGAUCAAACUUCUGCUAUCGGGCGCGGAUGGCAAUCAACAUUUCAUACGCUAGAUAGAAAAGAGGCGGAAGAAAGAUGUAAAGAAUUUGAAACGGAAUUCGAAUGGCUCGAUAGCGGUUGUCUGAGAACUACAACAAAAAUUCUUCCAGCUGUGAAGGUUGAUGAAAGAACAGGUAAAAAAAUUUGGUGGAAUACGAUUAUUGGUGCUUAUUAUGGAUCACUUGAUGAACGUAACCGUGAACGAUCUAAGAUGGUCACAUAUGGUGAUGGAAAAGAAAUCGAAUUAGAAUAUUUGGAAACAUGUAAAAGAAUCUUGGAAGAAAAUAAAGUUACUUUUAAAUGGGAGAAAGGAGAUGUCUUAUUGAUUGACAAUAAACAGGUAAAAAAUAUGGGAAGAAAUCCAUAG